CUCCUUCUCCUCCCCCUGCUCCUCCUUCUCCCCCUGCCCAACCUCCGCUGGGGCCCUGCGGGCCAUGGUGCUGUCUCGGCCCGGAGGAGUGGUUCGCAGCUCUGGAUCGUACUCUGCGCCGGGCUCUGCCACGUCCUGAGUGCGGGGAGCGUUUGCUCGUUGCGGGAGAGCAGGGACGGGGGAAGAGCCGGAGCCGUGCGGGGUGAGCGGCGGUGCCGGAGGUGUCCGGGCGGGGACCCGCAGCUUGUAGAGGAUUGGCAACAAAGUCGUGUCUCAGGAUCCUGUCAAGGAAGAUGACUUGAUGUCCUACGUGUUAGCUGACUGAAUUGCUUGCUGGGCUUGGUCAUGCAACAGCACAUCUGUGUCCUGAUAAAGUAUGUUGCAGCAGAUCUGAAAGUGACAUAAGAAAGAAUUACUCCCGAAAAGAGAAGCCUCCCUGCAAGGCCAUCCCUGAAGAUGUUGACUCCCACUGUAUUCUCCCUGCUGAUUUCCUUCUGUAUAUGUGAACACAGAUUUUCUGUCCUGAAAGGGAGAGGAGUUCACGUGGUGCAAAUAAAGAGGCUGACAACUGAGAAGCAGUGCAGGCAGGAUUGUCAGCUCCCAGGUGCUGCAGGUACCCAUCACUGUAAUUGGGCUGUGCCCUACCAGAAUCACUGCAUCCUCUUGCAGUGUCACCAGCUGAGUGUGUGCCACAAGGCCAGGGAGCAGGACAUCAGAGAGCUGCUUGGAGAAAUGAGUUGGAAAAGGGAAACAGUCCUGUUUCACCACCAAAGCUACACGCAGAGAAAGAAGAGGAUGAUAAAUGCACAAGUUGACCAACACAACACGGGAAACUUGUUUUCUUCAACUGCCCAGACUCGCAAGAUUCACUUGAGGAAUUUAGUUGAGUUUGAGACUGAAGAUGUAACAACAAAUGCAAUAAAGCCAAUUGCAAGCAAUGCAACCACCACCACAGCAACACCCACCACUGCCACAGCCAUCACAGUAAGUGUUACCCAUGCAACUGUCUUCACUACAGCUUCUGAAACAACUGCAAAGGCCUCAAACACCCCUGGAGGUUCUGAUCUCUUUGCUGAAGCCAAGUCAUCCACUGACUCUUCUCCCACCUCUGGUAACAUCUCUGAUACUACUUCCAGCCAUGUCACCAAGCUCGUGACCACCACUGAAAAAUCAGAAUAUGAUGGCUCUGUCUCAGUAUUUUUCACUUCUACUUCUCCUCCUCUCACUGUAAUAUCUGAAGCAGGUACUCAGAUGCCUAAACCAGAGCAGUUUAACCCAACCACCACCAGCACUUCCCACUCCGGUAGCACUGCUGGAGCUGUCCUGCAGCCACUGAGCACAGCACUGACCACUCUGAUCCCACAGGACCCAGGAACAUCUUCCACUGCUCCCACUCACGCUGGGACACUCAGCCCCCUGGAGACUUCACAUUCUGUGAAUCCACAGGGUGUGGAUGUAAUGCCUGGAAUUACUUUGCUGUAUCUAGAGCCAAAAGCAGGUACAACCACAACACCCUUGAGUAAAUCAACUUCUCUUCUGAGCUCUACAGGAGGUGCCAGGGUUUUAACUGCUGCCUCUACACCAGAAACCACCACUGGGCAUGGGAUAAAGUCAAUGUCUUAUAUUUUUUCAACAAGCACAACAGCAAAUGCACCCAAAACAACAGCUUCAGGCCAUGAAGAAGCUCAGAACAUGGACAAUGAGUAUGUUCUCAUUGCUGCCAAGCCCCUAACUCGGUACUUAGAGGAUAAACGUUCUCUCCUGGCAGUACUAUUAAUUGGCACGUUUUUUUUCAUAACUGUUACAGUUCUUUUCCUUAUGCAGGCCUAUGAGAGCUACAAGAGGAAGGAUUAUACACAAGUGGAUUAUCUGAUCAAUGGGAUGUAUGUGGAUUUGGAGAUGUGAAAUGGUGGAGACAAAACAGUGGGCAGAGAGAUGGGAAGAGACUGAAAGCCUCCCUGUGUUGAUUAUCUUUCCUAUUUUGUCUACAACACAAACUGAAAGUAGUUCUGGAUUUCCUUCUGAUGCAAUUGCGGAGAAAUGCCAUUUUGUCUUGUACUCAAGACAAAAAAAAAAAGUUACUAAAUCAGGUUGUGAAUCAGGUUGCUGUAAAAAAAGGAAAGGUAAUAAUUUUUAAAACUUCCAUAAUGUGCAAUAGGCUUGGCCAUGAUUUUGCAUUGCAAAAAAAACUUAACAAGGGGUAUGUAAUCAUCCUUGGUAAAUGCUAUGGCACUUUUUCAGCUGUUUGCAGUGCAGGUACCUUGUAUUUCCUUUGUUUCACCUGUGCUUCUCUGAAAGCAGAGCAAACGAUGCUCUCUCCUUUUGCAAAGUGCUCUGAAAUUACCAGGUGAGAAGAGUGAAGUAUUGCUGCAACAGGGAACUUUGAAACCAAUAUGUGUCAUGUUUCAAUAUGCAUCUUGCUUUUUACAAGGCAUUAUAAACUCUCUUAACUGCUUACACAAGGUAUCUUUUCACCACGAAGCAGAUUAUUGUGCCUCUGUACUUGAAUUCUUAUUUUUGUAUCUGCAUAGUAAAUAGGGCUCUGGAAGGGCUCAUCUUGCUGCA